AUGGAAGAUCAGUUUUCGCCGGGGAGUGCACCGGCGCGGUCCUUACCACCGCAGCAGAACGUCUCCCACAUCCCCCCACUUAUGUUUUAUGACGCGGUGUCUGUGUUGUGUACACCGGUGACGCCGCAGCAGGUUAUGGCCUUUGAUCCGCGUGAGCGGGAUCAACCCACACGCAUCAUGCCCGACGGAAGUGAGUAUUACGGUGAUGUGCUGCUUGAUCAGCCGCACGGCCUUGGAAUCAUGCUGUUCAAGUCUUCCUCAAACUUUUACGGCAGUGGAGACCGCUACGGUGGGGGGUGGAAGAAUGGUUUGUUUCACGGCGAGGGUAUUUUCCUGAGCUCCGCCUUCACCUACCAGGGUGGCUGGUUCGAGGGCCAUAUGCACGGGAAAGGGGUAAUGACGUACAGUCGCCGCAUUACAGAUUUUGUGCUACGGGGCAUGUCGGUCUUUUCAGCCUCUGAUAAGACGCACGCGCCGCUGGAGUACUCUGGGGAAUUUCAUUAUAGGUACCAGCGUCACGGGCAUGGAGUGAUGAAGUACUCCAACGGCGACAUUUACGAUGGUGAUUGGGCAUCAAAUCUUCGCCACGGUCAUGGAACUCUCACUACGGUGGCUGGUGAGAUAUACACGGGUCAGUGGAACAAAGACGAGCGUCACGGGAAUGGAAAAAUUAUUUACGUGAAUGGGGGAGAGUUUAAGGGCGCCAUGGUGCAUGACAAGCGCCAUGGCGAGGGGGUGAUGCUGUUUCCCAACGGGGACGAGUACUAUGGUACGUUUACAAGAAACAAGAUUGAGGGGCAUGGUACCAUGCGGUACAGAAACGGUGAUGUCUAUGAGGGAAUGUGGAAGGAUGGCAUGCGACACGGUGAGGGAAAGAACACCUUGCGGAAGAAAGGCGCCACGAUCGAGGGGCGCUUUGUGAAGGGGCUUAUCCAGGGGAGAGGCGUAGUAACCUACCCUGGUGUGUCGACCUUUAUUGGGGAGUUUGAGCAGGGAGAGCGGCGGUACGGCACGCUGUUCUGGCACGACUCGGCUCCAGGAAGUGGCGUGUGCUACCAGGGUAAGUGGCUUGGCGAGAUGAUGCAUCACCGUGGGAUGCUGUGGUACCGCAACGGAGAUUUUUAUUUUGGAUGCUUUGUAAAUAACAAACGGCAUGGACCAGGCAACAUCCGCUACGCGGAUGGCGGGGAGUUCAGCGGGUGCUUUGUCAAUGACAUGCGGGAGGGGCAAGGCAUUCUACAGAGCGCCAGUGGAUCCAUUCAGGCUGGGAUGUGGCACAACGACGUCUUUAUAGAGGGCUACGACGGCGAGUGGGACGGCGCAACGUUUAACGGCAUAGGACGCCUGAUACUUCGGGAACCGCCCAUAUGUGUGACGAGCGGAAACGGCGCCAACACGCCCACCAUGCCCGUAGGCGGUGGGGCCCCCACCUUCACAGGCACACAACCGCCAUUUGAAUACUUUGGUCUUUUCCGCCACGGUGUACGACACGGUGCUGGUGUGUUUCGGCUUGCUGGGCAUGUUAUCAUGGGAAGCUGGACACAGGAUGUCUUGUCGUGCGAAGCGGGGUCGUGGGAGUUUCCCUCCGGUGAUGUGUACCUGGGUGGCUUUAAAGACGGGCUCCGAGACGGACCCAAAGGUCAGGUGUGGCUGACGGACGGCUCUUUUUUUGAGGGAGACUGGGAGCGUGAUGCCCCGGUGGGUAACGGUGUCUUUUACGCAACUGACAAAAGGCAGCCCAUUUACGCCCCAGAAGAUGAAGCUGCUGCGCAAGCGGAUGUCAUGAGCAGCCCCACUUACGUGGGCGUGAUGGAUCGCUUCAUCAGUCUCUUUCGUCGAAAAGCGUUGCCGGAGAACAAAGACACCCGACGUGUCAUUGGCUUCCGUGAACACUUUGUGCUUCAGGGUGAGUGGGAUAUCAUGUCGCUUCCCUACGCCAUGUAUCAGGCACUUAUGGCACGGCUUGGGAAUAGUUCGAGUUCAACGGCUUACGGCGUCAGUGGAAGUAACAGCGGGAGCAACAGUGGCGACGGCGGUGGUGGUGGUGCGGUGGUGGCAGCUGGUGCGUCGCAGGCAGGCCUCAACAAUGGUGGUGGGGCAACCGCGUCGAUUAAGCCCCCGGCUAUGAUUUCGGUGGGGGUGCAGGAGCGCCAGGGGCAUGUCUUUUUCACGUCUGGUGUCUGCCUGCGUACGAUGUGGCUGCGCAACCACCCGCGUCUGAUGCUUCCGCACCGGCCUGAUGCUCCUCUACACGACAAGAUCCACGGUGCGGUGGUGACGAGUGACGGUAACGUGGGUGGGGUCGCGGGAUACAAGAGUUGCGUAUUCUGUGACAGACCCUUUACGUUCUUCCGCAAGGAGGCGCGCUGCGCACUUUGUGAGCAGCGAAGCUGCAGCUCCUGCCUACACCCCCUCGAGGUUCGCGGUCACCCAAAAAUUGAGGCGCUGCUUCGAAUGCGGAUGAGUGAAGGCGAAGAUAUUAGUGGAAGUAACAACAACACCACCACUGCGGCUGCUUCCCCCACCACCGCCGCAGGCAAUACAUUUGUCCUGCCUGUGCAAUUGCCUGCAUGCGUGGACUGCGCACGAACGGCGAUGUUGGGUCUGGAGUUUAAUACCAUCUGGAUACCGAUGCGCUGCCUUGCCGUUUCAGAGGCCUCCACGGCCUCAAACGCGGCGACUGAGGAAGAGGCAACCGUGGCGACGGCAGCAGCACCCUUAUUAGGAAACUUAGAUAAGGAGGAUACUUCGCUGCCGCGUUUUUCCUCUUCUUCUUCUUCUUCUUCCAUCCACACGAACGCGUCGUAUGUUGUGUAUGAAGGGUACACGUGGAGUUGUAUUCCACACCUCUAUGGUUCGUUGUGGUGGGGAAAAGAGGGUUAUUACAUGGGUGCCUUUGAUAAGGGCCGCCGCCACGGCAGAGGUGUGCAAAUGAUGCAAAACGGCGAAAAGUAUGUGGGGGAGUUUUCCGACGAUGAGUGGCAUGGUACGGGGAUUUACUGCGCGGAUGACGGCUCCGCCUAUGAGGGAGUAUGGCAGCAUGGGAAGCUCACCACUCUGCACUAUCACGGCGAGCUGGAUGAACAGCAGCGCCAUCAUGGACGAGGGGAAUCGUACGAACUGGAUGGUGGCCGCUACAAUGGGGAGUGGCAGAAUGGGCAGUGGCACGGUACAGGGAUUUUACAUAGAAAAGAUGGUGUUGUAUAUAGCGGAGAUUUUGUGUUUGGCCGCAUUGAAGGUGAAGGCAAGCUUUUGAUGGCGACCAGCGUAUUCUACGGCAGUUUCCGCGAUGGCAAAAAGCAAGGAAAGGGAAGGGAAUACUUUGGCGACUGCGUCGUUGAGGGAGAAUGGCAGGACGAUAUGUUGACUGGAUUUGUACGCAUCUACGACGCCUCCACAGAGACUGUGUACGAGACGACGUAUCAAAAUGGCAACGAGCGCGAUGACUGCUUUGUGCCACCGGUCAUGGUGGACGACGCUCACAGUCAGAACUGUGCUCAGUGCCAGGCAACUUUCUCACUCUUUCUUCGGCGGCAUCACUGCCGCUUGUGCGGGGAAGUGGUCUGUGACAGUUGCUCGCAACUCCGGGCGCCAAUGCCGUUGCACUUCAAAAUAGAGGGUGCAAUGCGUGUGUGUGACCGCUGUUAUCGACGCAUAGAGGAGCGCCGGAUGCUGGGGAUUCGUCGGUACACAAACGGUGAAGUCUACGCCGGGUGUUGGGCGCGGGGAAGGUGGGUGUCACGUGGUCUCUUGCGCCGUGCGGACGGCACCGUUGUUGUCAUGGACCUUGCCGGUCGUCCGCUGGUGACUGGAGAGGCCGCCGCUGCCGCCGCCGCCGCCGCGACGGCAACCGCAGGAGACGUGCGGGAGCUCCCGCUGGACGCUUCCCCUCCCGUAGAGGAGCUGCGCAAGCUUCCGCCCUCGGCGACGGCGGAGGUGGAUGCCUUCACGCUGUGGUGGAGUAUGGUGCUCUCUGUUGCGGGGUUGAGCGUGCCGCUGGAGCUGACACCGUGCGAAACCUUUCUACUCCCGCGCAUACCUCCAAUGAAGCCGCUGCGGCUCUUCUCAACAAGCGACUACGCCAAGGAUGACGCUGGGGACACUAACAAGGAGGCAGCGGCAGUGCAGGCGGCACGUUUUGUUCCCUUCAUUGCGCCGCCUGCACCGCGCCCCCCCGCCCGGCCGUCCGAGACGUCUGUACUGGCAUCGUUGCCACCGCCGCGCCCGAUGAUCACGGACUCCCACAUCAUGCGUCUUGUGUCGGAUGGUCGGAUAGAGAUGUUCCCCGCCGUUCCACCGCCUUCAUCUGAUGGAAACGGCGUUGUGAUGCUUUCGUGCUACCAACGUAUGCCGCUUCUACCGCCAACCCCGCCGCGGCCAACGCCCGACAAAAGCGAUCGUAUCAUGUGGGACUGCUGGGAGACGCGGCCUGUGCCAAAGUAUCGCGGCCAUGUGGAACCAAACACAAGGCGCGGGGUGGCGGAGUGGCAACAUGUGCCCUUUGCGUGUCCUUUUUUGCGUCCUGACGUCGAGGAUGUGGAUCGUGUUGUGCGGGGUGGCGACACAACGCGCUGGUCGCCAAAACCUCUCGUUGGGCCGCAGGUUUUUAGUGUGAAGGACACAGGGGCCGGCGGUGUCAGUGUAGUGCAGAGGUCACUCUAG